AUGAUUUGGCGCAUUGUAUGUCGUUGGGACUUUCUGAUGUUACAGGACGGAAGAAAUAGGGUAAAGCUUUAUGUGUUAUGCGAACAUCGACUUUGGGAUGAUAAGGGGACAGGCCAUGUUGUUUGUGUUUCCAUACCUGAACGUCAAGGAAUAACUUUCAUUGUUGUUCGUUUGGAGGAAGAAGAAAAGAAUGUUCUGGAGUCUAGAAUUCAGAUGGACACUAUAUAUCAAAAGCAACAGGAAACGUUGAUAGUAUGGUCGGAGUCUGAUUGCUACGAUCUCGCCUUGUCGUUCCAGGAUAAGAAUGGAUGUGAUGAUGUUUGGGAGAGGAUUUGCCAGGUUCAAGGUCGUGAUCCGGAAUUGAAUCCGGACUUCACAGGGAAUUACGAAGACAUGGAAGAGCAGGAAGGAUUUGGGACUGGGGCAAAUUCGUAUGAUUCUAAUAGAGCGGCACCCAAUUUGAUCACUCUUCCUCCCUGUGAAUUAUCAAGAUUGCAAGAAAUAGAAGCAGCACUGUCUAGCAGUUUCGCAUCUCCAGGGCAAAGAGAAAAAUUAGCUUCAGUGAUUGAAACUCAGGGUUAUGUUGGUAAAUUGUGUGAGAUCUUCCAAAUGUGUGAAGACUUGGAAAAUAUGGAAGCUUUGCAUUUAUUAUAUCAGAUAGCUCGGGAUAUGUUCAUGCUUAACCGGAACGAUCUUUUGGAGGUUUUAUUACAGGAGAAAUACUUCAAAGAUAUCGUUGGUAUGUUAGAAUAUGAUCCUGCGUAUCCGCAACCACGAAAGCAUAGAGAAUUUCUUUACGAAAAAGCACGAUUUCGCGAAGUACUUCCUAUACGUAAUGAAGAGUUACGUAAAAAAAUCCACCAGACGUUUCGAGUACAGUAUGUUCAGGAAGUUUGUUUGCCUGUGCCAUCUAUAUUUGAAGAGAAUCUUCUGUCAGUUUUAACCAGCUUCCUUUUUUUCAACCGUGUUGACAUCGUUGCAUUCUUGCAGGAGGACAAACAACUCUUGAAAGACCUUUUCGACCAAUUGAAAGAUCGGUCGAUUAGUUUAGAGCGACGGAAAGACCUGGCAAUGUUCUUGAAGGAAUUUUGUUCAUUCUCUUCCUCGCUGCAGCAGAGUGGCCAGCCGAGCCGCGAAUCUUUUUAUAAAACCCUUAUGGAAAACGACGUACUCGCUACUAUUGAACCUUGCAUUGAGUCCAGUGACUUGCAGACAAGGAUUACAAUUAUAGAAGUAUUUGUAAUGAUAGUUGAGUUCAACCCUCAGGCUGCACGUGAUUAUCUCUUACAGCAAGCGCGAAACAUUAGCGAGUCCAAAAAUAAAAGUCUGCUGUUGAAUAAGUUAAUUGAACAUAUGCUUUCUGAUAAAGAUCCUGAGCUCACUUCUGCUAACACAAUGGCUCAAGUGAUGAGAGCUUUACUUGAUCCUGAUAACAUGAUAGCGACACCUAGCGCUAAAUCUGAAAGGCAGGAGUUCUUGGCUCUGUUUUACCGGCGUUCAAUGGGAACAUUAUGCAGGCCUCUAACUCAAAACACAAAGGGUGGACACUUAAAGAGAGACGACUAUCAUAUGGCAAAUAAACAGGCAAUGGUAAUUGAUUUGCUCUGUUUUUGUUUUGAACAUCAUACGACGCAUAUGAGGAACUAUUGUAUUAGCAGCAGGCUUUUGAAUCGUGUUCUUGUAUUGUUACGUAGUAGACAUCACUUCCUAGCCUUAACUGCUUUGCGAUUAUUUCGAAAGGUGGUGCAGUUGAAAGAUGAAUAUUAUUUUCGUUACAUUGUUCGGGAAAAUGUAAUGGCUCCUAUAGCAGACUGCUUUUGCGAAAAUGGCCACCGGUACAAUUUGCUCAACUCCGCAAUUAUCGAGCUUUUCGAAUACAUUCAAGCGGAAGAUGUGAAGAUGUUGAUAGCAUAUGUUGUGGAUAGAUUAUGGCACAAGUUUGAAGGGGUUGCUUAUGUGAACACUUUCACUAGUCUUCGCAUGAAAUAUGAUCAGAUACAAGAUCAUGAGAGCUAUAAAGAGGAGCCAGUUUCUUUAUCAGAAUCAAAAUCUUCAUCGCAGUGGAGAAGGGAACGCAAGUCGGAAGCAGAUGAGUAUUGUUUAGAAGAUGAAGAGCCUGAGUUGAGCUCGCCAACUGAGAAUUGGGAGAAGCGAGAUGGUGCCGCAAAUGGAGCGGGUAAAGUUCUUGAUCUGGAGGGCACUACUUUUGGCGGACCUGGGACAACCCAUAUUAGAAAAGUAGAUGACGAAAGUACGCCAAUGCGGAAGAGUGGUGCGGAGCCGAUAUUCCCGAGUGUCGCUAGACGGAAUGGUUGGGAUUUAGUGACCGAUGAAGAGUCGGACUCGCUUAUACCAGUGACGUUGAAAACUCAUGGGCCGAAUCGCAUAAUAAUUAAAAUGAAUAGCGAUAGACGACCUUCCAGCUCUCCUCCGCCUCCUAGUAGCCCUUCUCCUCCUGGUGAAUCAGUAGUUUCUUCGACGGAAUCUCUUGUUACAGCAGCGAAAGCUUCUUCUAGUUCUCCAGAAAAGCCGUCCACUACUCACCGGAAUCCUGAAGCCGUAGUUUUUGCGAAAAAGGCAUUGGUCGAUUACGAUGAGAGUGACAGUGAUGAGGAGGACGAAGUGGGACCCUCUAGCUCUAGUUCGCUCGGCCAUAAUUCCUCUGUAGUAAGCGGCCAGUCCUCUUCACCGAGCGACGAUCAGGAUGACGUCAGUAGCACGUCGGGGGACCAUGAACCUUCCCCGGGUUGCGUCAGUGUCGAAUCUGAUCUCAUUGUUGAUAAGACUGUCAAAGAAAAAGGUGAUUGUGAAAGCAGAAGAGGUAGGAAAAGGCCUUCAGAUGCAGACGUUUCUUUGGAUAUGAAUAUCCCAUUGUUAUUGAAAGACGAUGGCGACGGCAUUGAUAACAGCUCGACAAAACGUCUCAGGUUGGAUUCAGCAGAAAAGUCGUCAGGUCACGAUAACGGAAAAACAACUGCUGGGGAACUAGUUAGUUAGGA